AGUGUUAUUUUUCUGUCUAAAUAGCAAACAAACAAACAAAAAAACAGAAAAAAUAUCAACAACAGUCAUAGUAGAGAUGGAUAAGAGAAACUUGUGCCUAAUAGUGACUCUGCUACUCUUAUCCAUCUUUUCACAAGUAACCAUUGCUGAUCAACCAGAAGGCAAAGGUAAGGAGGUGAAUGCAGUUGCUCCGAAUCCCGGUUAUGUUGCAUUGGAUCCAUUGCCAGGUACGGGGCAAGAACGUGCGUUCUGCACCGUUCAGGGAGUUUGUUACUACAGAACUCUUACCUGUCCAACAGAGUGUCCUCAAAGGAAGCCUAAACAGAACAAGAAGCAGAAGGGAUGCUAUAUUGAUUGCAGCAGCAAGUGUGAAGCAACUUGCAAGUGGAGACUACCUAGGUGUGAUGGUUAUGGUGCUCUAUGCUACGAUCCGAGAUUUGUGGGUGGUGACGGGGUGAUGUUCUACUUCCAUGGAGCAAAGGAUACCGACUUUGCCAUUGUUUCAGAUGACAACCUCCACAUUAAUGCACAUCUAAUUGGGACACGACCACAGGGAAGGAAGCGCGACUAUACAUGGGUUCAAACAUUGUCAGUCAAGUUUGACACCCAUACAUUAGUCGUAGGAGCAACGGAAGUGUCACAUUGGGAUGAUAAGGUUGAUGCUCUUAUUGUACAGUGGAACGGUGAGACAGUUAAUGUCCCAACAGAUGGAGAUGCAGAAUGGAGUGUUAACACUGCUGAGAGAUCAGUCGUGGUCGAAAGGACAGAUGAUCUCAACAGUGUGAGGGUCACAGUAUCUGAACUGUUGCAAUUAGAUGUGAAGGUAGUACCCAUUGGAGAAAAAGAAAACAAGGUUCACAACUAUCAGCUACCAGCAGAUGAUGCUUUUGCUCACUUAGAGACACAAUUUAAGUUUUUUAAUCUAUCUAAAGACGUCGAAGGAAUUCUUGGCAAGACUUACCAGCCGGGAUAUGUUAGUCCAGUCAAGAGAGGGGUGCCGAUGCCAAUCAUGGGUGGAGAAGACAAGUAUCAGACACCAUCACUCCAUUCAGCUAUCUGCAAGAAAUGCAGGUUCCAAAGACCCUCAAGUGUGGCCUCAGCUUGAUAAUCUUGAUAAAGAUAUUAACCAAUAAGUGUAUUGUGUAUUGACUAAAAUAUUGCUAUUAAUCUGAUUGUAUUUGGAUGUGUUACUAAAUAUGUGAAUAAAGGAUGCGAAAAUCACGCAGAAAUUUUCGAGUUUA